AUGCGACCACUUUCACCUACUUUGGCUGAAAUAGCACGCAGAGAUCUCAAUGAGAUACCGGAGCGUAUAGAACAGGAUUUGAUUAUCCUCAGGGAAUGGAUAAGACAGCAAAGACAUUUAAGGGCACGUACCAGUGAUGAAUUUUUAAUAGCAUUUUUGCGCCGCUGUAAAUAUAGUUUGGAGGCAACUAAGAAAAGAAUUGAUACCUUCUUCACCUAUUACAAUGUAUUUCCAGAAGUGUUGAGGAAUCGUUGUGUAAAUAGCAGAAUAUUUAGUAUUAAUAGAUUGGGUGUCCAUUAUUAUCCCGAGUUUCCAAAGUGCAACAAUAAUGCUGCCAUUUUAAUAGCCCGCUUUGGCCAAUUCGAUCCCAAACGUUAUAAUGUUAAGGAAAUUUUCCAAUUUAUUAUGAUGGCCAUGGAGAUGAUUUCAUUGGAAAAUGAUCAUGCCACUGUAGCGGGCGUAUGUCAAAUUAUUGAUCUUAAGGAUAUUUCGUUUGAGCGCAUCAAAAACUUUGAUCGUUGCUUAUUUCAAAAGUAUUGGUGGUGGGUUCAGGAAUGCUGUCCGCUGCGCAUUAAAGAGGUUUAUGUGGUGAAUGCCGAUAAAGAUAUACAGCGUAGAAUUAAUUUUAUUAAAACAUUUGUGAAGAAUCAAAUGCAAUAUCCGGUAUUUGUAAUAAAAACAUUUGAAGACCUUUACGAUUAUAUACCGAAAUGUAAUUUACCCGAGGAAUAUGGUGGUUCCAAUGGUCACAUUGCCGAAUGUAUUGCCUACAUGGAGGAUCUUUUACAAAGUUAUCGCAAUUAUUUCAACGAAGAUGCUUUAUAUGGCUGCUCGGAGGAGCUAAGAGCUGGUGAGGUGGUUACAUAUGAGGCAGAAUUUGGUUUAAAUGGUACAUUUCGAAAACUGUCUAUAGAUUAA